UGAUCAGUGAGCGCGCAGGAUCCUCAGGCGCUCUAGACGGGCUCACGGUAGCCUACUCCGAUGCAGGAGGAGGGCUGUUUGUAGCGUACACAGGGACUUCACCAUUUUGUCUCCUCAUCGUCCUCAUGGAGCGACUCUACUGGGUUCGUCACAGAUGUCUGCAGCUGAUAUCCACAGACAGGAGGAGGGGCUGGUACUCUCCUCCUUCAUCACUUCCCCCUAAGAGUAGUCUGGAUGCUCAGGACCCUCUGGUUCAGCGACUCAGUGGAAAGAGAAGAGUGGUGGUGUCACGAUGUGGUCCACACCAAGCAGAGUUCCACAACUUCUCCAAGGGCUUUCAGGACAACAGCAUCCGCACCACCAAGUACACACUCAUCAGCUUCAUACCCAUGAAUCUGUUCCAGCAGUUUCACAGAGCAGCAAAUCUGUACUUCCUGUUUCUGGUGUUGCUGAAUUGGGUCCCAGUAGUGGAAGCAUUUCAGAAGGAGAUUACUAUGAUCCCUCUAGCCGUGGUGCUCACCGUCAUUGCCUUCAAAGAUGCCAUGGAGGACUACAGACGUUACCGCUAUGACAAGAAAAUAAACAACACACUGACACAUGUCUACAGCGGGAAGCAGAAGCGGUAUGUGGAGCGGCGUUGGGCAGCGGUGUCUGUCGGUGAUCUGAUCCGUCUCUGCUGUAAUGAGAUCAUUCCUGCUGACAUGGUGCUGCUGCACUCAUCUGAUCCUAAUGGAGUGUGUCACAUCGAGACGGCCAACCUGGAUGGAGAAACCAACCUCAAGCAAAGGCAGGUGGUCCGUGACCUGCCACAGCAGGGAUCUGAAUUUGUUCCAGAAAACUACAGCAGUCGCAUUGAGUGUGAAAAUCCCAACAAUGACUUGAGACGGUUCAGAGGCUUCAUGGAGCAUCCUGGUAAAUUGCGGGUUGGACUCCACAGUGAAAACCUGCUCCUGAGGAGCUGCACUGUUAGGAACACAGAGACUGUGAUUGGCAUUGUGGUCUAUGCAGGUCAUGAGACAAAAGCAAUGCAGAAUAACAGUGGGCCGCGGUACAAACGAAGUAAACUGGAGUGCAGACUCAACAUGGACGUCCUCUGGUGUGUCGUUUUACUGUUGCUCAUGUGCCUUACUGCUGCUGUAGGUCAUGGUUUUUGGUUGAGUGGACUGCAUAAUCCCAUCUUCAUGAUCCCUGAUGACACGCACCCUGCACUCGCUGCCUUUUACAUGUUCUGGACUAUGAUCAUUGUUCUGCAGGUGCUAAUACCCAUUUCCCUCUAUGUGUCGAUAGAGAUUGUGAAGCUGGGACAGAUUUAUUUUAUUCAGAAUGAUUUAGAUCUGUAUAACCCAGUACUGGACACAGGAGUGCAGUGCAGAGCACUGAACAUCACAGAAGAUCUUGGACAGAUCCAGUUCCUGUUCUCUGACAAGACGGGAACCCUCACAGAGAACCGCAUGCUGUUCCGCUGCUGCACUGUUGCAGGAACUGAGUACCCUCAUCAUGAGAAUGGAAUUUCUCUGGAACAGUAUGAGGAGCAGGGCUGUGGUGAUGCCGAUCACUCUCUCACCCUGAGGUCACGCACUAGCAGGAAGUCUCUGAGCUGUAAAUCGCUCAGCUGCAACCGGAGUUCAGUGUCCCUCAAUACCCUCACUGCGGAGUCUGACACGCACUCAGUCCACGACACACUCCGCAGACACACACCCGGGGCCUUCAGCAGCACCAUGGAGUGUGCUGUUGUUCCAGACCCUCAGCUUCAGGCGAAGCUGAACACCCUGUCUUUACCCAUGUGUUCCCCUCUCCGACAGGAAGCUGCUGAAAUCUCUCACAUACUGGACUUCUUUCUUGCCCUCACUGUCUGCAACACUGUAGUAGUUUCUUCACCCACUCAGCCAAGACAUGUGGUUCAGAUGCCCAUGGUUCGCACACCCCUGCGCUCUCUAGAGGAGAUGAAGGCCAUGUUUCAGAAGCUGAGUCUGCCUCGCUUUCCCUCAUCACCUAAUCAAAACACAGACACUCUUCCCAACCUAACCAAAAAACUCUUCAGCCAGGGUCGUUCUGCUUCCUACUUCCCUAACAGCAGCCCACAAACACCCAUCACGACCCUACAGUCACCCACCAUACCCUCUGGCACCCCUUCAAAUACCCCACCCACUCCCGUCACUCCAGCACUGUCCAGUGGGGCGUGGAGUAAGAACAUGGACGACAUACAAAAGGCCAAAGAUAACUCUGCUGAGUCGGAGAGUGAUGAUGAAGAUGAGGCAGAAGAGUUGCUGUACGAGGCGGAGAGCCCGGAUGAGGCAGCAUUGGUGCAAGCAGCGAAGGCCUAUGGGUGUACUCUGCUGGGCCGGUCCCCAGAGCAAGUCCUUGUGGCUGUUCCAGGCACUGGGCCGCUGUCCAUCUCUCUGCUACACGUACUGCCAUUUCAUUCUGCCCGCAAGAGGAUGUCUGUGGUGGUGCGCCAUCCCCUCACUGGAGAGGUGGUCAUUUACACAAAAGGAGCUGAUAAUGUCAUUAUGGAGCUGGCUGAAGCAGCUGACGAUGGUUUCUCUAGGGAGAUCAUGGAACGGACGCAGAGACACCUGGACCAGUAUGCAAGAGAUGGACUGCGCACUCUCUGUGUUGCUAAAAAAGUAUUGGAAGAGCAGGAAUACAAAGCCUGGUUGAAGAGACAUGAGUAUGCAGAAACCAGCAUUGAAAACAGAGAAGAGCUUCUGCUUGAAUCUGCCGAGAGACUGGAAACUAAUCUCACAUUAUUGGGGGCGACGGGUAUAGUGGACCGCCUGCAGGAGGAAGUGCCUGAGACCAUUGAGGCUCUGCAGGAAGCUGGGAUUAAAGUUUGGGUCCUCACAGGGGACAAACAAGAGACGGCUAUUAAUAUUGCUUUUGCUUGCAAACUCCUCAGAUCUACAGACCACAUAUUGAUGGCCAAUUGUGACAGCAAGGAGACAUGCGAGGCUCGACUUCAGGAGUUACAACAUGAGAUCAGACAGGUCACAAAGGAAGGCACAUCUGAAGAUGAUAGUUCUGACAGUGUGUUGGUCAUUGACGGCCGUACGCUGGACUACGCUCUGCAGAAGGAGCUACAGGGGUCAUUCCUGGACCUUACAUGCUGCUGUCGCUCAGUCAUAUGCUGCAGAUCCACCCCUCUGCAGAAGAGCCAAGUGGUGCGGCUUGUCAGAGACAAGCUGAAGGUCAUGACCCUGGCUAUAGGUGAUGGAGCCAAUGAUGUCAGUAUGAUUCAAAUGGCAGAUGUUGGCAUCGGCAUCUCAGGCCAGGAGGGCAUGCAGGCGGUGAUGUCCAGUGACUUUGCUAUCUCUAGAUUUAAGUUCCUGAGAAAGCUCAUUUUGGUUCACGGUCAUUGGUGUUACACUCGUUUGGCUAACAUGAUCCUCUAUUUCUUCUACAAGAAUGUGAUGUACGUGAACCUUUUGUUCUGGUACCAGUUUUUCUGUGGAUUUUCAGGCAACACGAUGACCAACUCGUGGGUUUUAAUCUUCUUCAACCUGCUCUUCACCUCCGUCCCUCCAAUCAUAUAUGGCGUGCUGGACAAAGAUGUGUCCAGCGAGAUGCUCCUAGAAGUGCCUGAUCUCUACAAGUAUGGACAAAACUCGCAGGCCUAUCUUCCGUCAACGUUCUGGCUGAACAUUCUCGAUGCUUUUUACCAAAGCCUAGUGUGUUUCUUCAUACCUUACUUUGCAUAUGCAGGGUCUGAUAUUGGGGUAUUUUCUUUUGGCUCUCCAAUCAACGGCUCUGCUCUCCUCAUCAUCCUCAUGCAUCAGCUCAUAGAGAGUCGCACAGUGACAUGGAUACAUGCUGCAUUGCUGCUCUUCAGUGCCUUGUUCUAUUAUGCUUUUGUCCUGUUGUUCAACAUUGCGUGUGUGACGUGCAAUUCUCCUACAAACCCCUAUGGCAUUGAGACAAAAAUGAUGUCUGAGCCGCUCUACUAUUUAGUAUGUGGAUUUACCACAGUCCUGGCCCUGCUACCUAGGAUCCUGUUUCGUGCCUUUUGUAACGCUAUCUGUCCAUCUGACCUGGUGAGAGCACAGAAAAUGGAGAGACUCUCAGCACAAGACUAUUCCAUGAGUUUACGGCAGUGGAAGGAGGACUCAAAGACUGUCCUCCAGACACAUCCCUCGGAACCUCAGUGUGAAUGCUGACAUGCCCCAUUUAACAGAUUGUAUCGCUGAAGCAGGCGCUGUUCUCUCAUGACCAAUAAGGAAGUUGCCCUUGAUCAUAUAAACAUGGUCAUUAGUUCAAAUAAUGACUGCAUAUCCUUGUACUUUAUUGAUUGGCAGAUACUCUGACCAGUCAGAAGCCAGAUCUGGCUUUUCUCUGCCCAUUAAGUGUUUUCGCAGUGAUGUACAGUACCUGGGCUUGGAGUACUUGGAGUCUGGCUUCUGUAGACAAAAAAUAUUCAGAGAAUUGUUUACAUUUCACAAGGCUGUGCCUGUGACAUUUUUUAAUUACAAAUGCACUCCAGCAUUAUGCAAGAACCUCAGAGUUGUGAGGAUGAAUUGUGGGUCAGGACCUGGCUAGUGUAUGCCAAGAUACUGGCUACUUUGCUCCUACUUUAAUGCAAUACUCCAUUUUUGGUUAUUGUGGGUAUUCCCUUAACUCUAACAUAUGCAUAAACUCAAAAUUCCCAGUCAUGUUUCAGAUGUUAUAUUCUAGCAAACUGCAAAUGACGAUCUCUCUGGUUGAGACUAUAGGAAUGAUCAAAUGAUAUGAUUUUUUCCCCCCUGGUAAUCACUUAAUAAUUAGAAGAAGCAUGACUGAGUCUGUUUGAAAUCUGUUCAUGGAGAACUUUAAUACCAUGAGAACUUUACAAUAAGUGAACUUUCCCUGCUCAAGAAUAAAAUAAGGUGAACAUAAAUAGGAGCUAAUGUAUUUUGUGACCCGAGGUCCUUGAUGUCCAUUUGUGUGUUCAGUCUGACAGUGAACAUGCCGACUGCAUGCAUUACAAAUGGACAAGUUCAGUAUUUUAUGAUAAAUGCUAGAUUGCUUUUUAUACUUAACUGCAAUUUUAUUUUUAUUGCAAAAGUGAACACUUGCAUUUUGAAAAUGUGAAUUGAUAAUCCAGAAUGAUCAUCUAAGAUGAUUUCCAGUCAUUGGCUAGAAAACAUUAUUUAUCAUUUUACAUCUUAUGUGAGC